CCCUGCAGCCCUAAGGGUCUCUCAGACCUCACCUUGACUCACCUCUUGCCCCCAGCCCGACCAAAGCUUGGACCCUUGGACACAGCCUUGUGGGACUUGGCAGGGACAGAAGACCAAGCCUGCUCUGCACUCUGAGGGUCCUGCCCCUGGGAAGCCCCUUCCUGGCCCCUGCCUCAUCCCCCAGCAAGGUCUCUGGAUGCCCCAAGAUUGGUCCGCAUGCCCCUACACUACUCAGACCCUCUCCAGGACUCCAGUUCUUCAAGAAACCCAUGGAAACACCCCUUUUGUGCUACCACAACACACGGCCCAGGCUCCGGGAGACAGCUGGACACAGACAUUUGUAAACCACUGGGUCCUGGCCAGGGGAACCGAACACCCCAGCCCCCAGACUCCCGCUGUCCUGUCACAGUGCCUGCUCCAGGUGGCCACUGUGCUCAUAUCCAUCACUGUAGAUUCAGCACGCACAGCCACCUCCCCCCAGCAGUUCCGGUCACGGUCACGCCAACAUCUGGAGAAGGGGCCGCCAGGUCUGUCUGCUGCUUGGGGUGGGGAUUUGCAUACCAAGGACACUCCACCCAGCCUGGGACAAUGGGGAGGAAGAAAAUUCAGAUCUCACGCAUUCUGGACCAAAGGAAUCGGCAGGUGACAUUUACCAAGCGGAAGUUUGGGCUGAUGAAGAAGGCCUAUGAGCUAAGUGUACUCUGCGACUGUGAGAUCGCCCUCAUCAUCUUCAAUAGCGCCAACCGCCUCUUCCAGUACGCCAGCACGGACAUGGACCGUGUGCUACUGAAGUACACAGAGUACAGUGAGCCCCACGAGAGCCGCACCAACACCGACAUCCUCGAGACACUGAAGCGGAGGGGCGUGGGCCUUGAUGGACAAGAGCUGGAGCCAGAGGAGGGGAUUGAAGGGCCAGGAGAGAAGCUGCGGAGGCUGGCAGGUGAUGGGGGUGACCCAGCCUUGCCCCGACCCCGGCUCUAUCCAGCAGCUCCCACUAUGCCCAGCCCUGACAUGGCAUAUGGGGCCCUGCCCCCACCAGGCUGCGACCCCAGUGGGCUUGGGGAGGCCCUGCCUGCCCAGAGCCGCCCAUCCCCCUUCCGUCCAGGAGUCCCCAAAGCUGGCCCCCCAGGCCUGGCGCACCCUCUCUUCUCAGCAAGCCACCUCGGCAGCAAGACACCACCGCCCCUGUACCUGACAGUGGAUGGGAGGAGGCCAGACCUGCCUGGUGGCCUCGCUGGGGCCCGAGGGGGACUGAGCACCUCAAGAGGCCUCUAUGGUAGCCUGCAGAGUCCGUGCUCCACUGCCACCCCGGGACCCCCACUAGGGAGCUUCCCCUUCCUCCCUGCAGGUCCCCCAGAAUAUGGCCUGGGAGACCCCCCUCCGCCCCCAGGCUUGCUGCAGCCCCCCACCCUGGCCCCCUGGCAGCCCUCCAGGGGUGAUGGGUCCCCGGCCACCCCCGCCCAGCCCAGUGGGGGCCGCAGCCUGGGCGAGGAAGGCCCCCCAGCCCGCGGCGCCUCCUCGCCCACCCCACCAGUCAGCAUCAAGUCCGAGCGCCUCUCGCCGGCCCCUGGAGGCCCCGGCGACUUUCCAAAGGCCUUCCCCUACCCCUUGCUCCUGGCCCGGCCCUUGGCAGACCCCCUACGGCCUGGGCCCCCGCUGCGCCGGCUGCCCACUACCGAUGGCUGGCCCCGGUAGUAGGCCCGGGGAUGGCACCGAUUCUGCCCCUCACACCAGGCGGGGUGAGGGCACGUGGGGUCCCAACCUCCCUUCCUGCGUCCUUGGAGAAGACUCAGCAGUUACGACCCUCUCCGCGGCAGGGGCCUGGA